AUGGCGGAGCGUGCUGGCGACGACCAGCGUGCCGGUGAGCAGGUGGAGAUGUCCAAGCUGGACAUUCUCGCCGCCGUGGCCGCGGACGCGCCGCGAGCACCGACUGCGGUGGCGGCACCACCAGUCGCGGCUGGGAGAACGGGCGGAGCGCAACAGGCCGCACAAGCCUCUCUCGGCCUCGCGGAGAACAACAACAACACCACCGCCGCCCUCACAGAGGAAGAGCAGCGGCUCCAGCAAGCUCAUGAAGCCAAGCGCGCCCACAACCAGGCCGUCAGCGCCUACAUCGCGGCCAACGGCCACCCAGACUACAUGCAGCACCCCGCCUUCCCCAUGUUCCCGACCAAGAGCCAGCUCUACACCGACCCAGACGAGAGAGCGAAGCAGAUCUCCGGCUACCUCCACUACGUCGACGCCUGCGGCUUCCCGACUGUCGAGACGAGAGCAGCGCUGUGCUUGAUAGGGCUGUCGCUGUCAGACAUUCAGAUCCAGGAGUUCAGGGAGAAGCUGGGCAGGGACGACGUGAGCGAGGAGACCAAAGUGAAGUUCAGGAAGGUGUUUGAGCACUACGGAUACCGAGAGUUUAAGUGA